AUGAACACCCUUGGCGAAAAUCCUGGCUCUGCCACUGGUAUGGCUAGUUUGAGUCCGAUUGAUUCAUUUGCUAAUUUUCACAAGGAUAGGAUAAUGAAACUAGCCGAGUACUACCCAAGUGAGUUUGGUGAUAAAGAGCUUCGGGAACUCAAUUUUCAACUUGAUGAUUUUAUUGUCUAUGCUCAAAAGUGUGAUAGCAAGUUUCUCAACUUGAAGGGAAUCAAGGAUCUUGCAAAAGUGAUGAUAGAGACAAAACUAGAUCAAACUUGGUCACUUGUGUAUCUACUUGUGAAGUUAACUUUGAUUAUUCUUGUUGCUACCGCAAGCGUGGAAAGAGCAUUCUCAUCAAUGAAGUACAUAAAGAAUGAUUUGCGUAAUAGGAUGGAUGAAGAUCUUUUGAAUGGUUGUUUAGUUUGCUAUAUAGAGCGUAGUAUAUUUAAAAAUGUAAGUAAUCACUACAAGAAAAUGCAUAUAUAG